GUAGGCCGAAGAGCCGAACCAAAAUCUUCCUCAUGUCGGAGCUACGUUUCGGCCAGGGAUCCAACGAGGCUUGGGUGCAUGGCAUCCAUGCCACCAAGUUCCUGGAUCACAUCCUGAUCCUGGUGGGGAAUGUCGCAGACUCCUUCAGGGCACUGGAGCGGGGUCUGAUUGCCCUGCGCUCGAAGUUUCGCCGAGUUUUCUUCGUUCCGGGAAACAACGAGAUGUGGAUCACGCCCGCGGAAAUGGAGAAGUUUCCAGACUCCGUCUGCAAGUUCUGGGCCAUUCUUGAGCUCUGCGAUCGACUCGGGGUGGACGUCGCGCCUGCAGCGGUCUGUGAAGGCGUUUACGUCGUCCCGCUGUUCUCAUGGUACAACGCUGAGUUCGACGUCGCCGAUCCGUUUCCAGAUCCCCAGCUCCAGCACGACAAGUAUGCGAGAUGGCCUAUGGAUCCAAACCAUCAGGUUUGGCGGUACAUGCUAGCGCUGAACCGGGACUACCUGGAGAAGCCGUACCAUGACACUGUGAUCACAUGCUCCCAUUUUGUACCGAGAAGCGAGCUACCCGUCGUGCAUGAGUUCAGCAUGGCCAAGGCGGCGGGCUGUGUUGAGCUGGACGAUCAAGUACGACAAGCAAGGAGCACUUGCCACGUGUACGGCCACAGCUCCAAGCAGUGCGGAAAG